AUGGCAUUUAACUCGGCUAAUAGCAGCAUGAGCUCAGAGAACAAGAACUUGCAGGUCAAGGUGGAGUUACUUAACAACGAUCUAGGGGAGACAAACAGCAGCCUGGAACGAGAAAAGGAGAAAAUGAUGGCACUUCAGUUAGAAAAAGAAAGACUAGAAAAUGAGUUAAUAAAGGUCUCCUAUCAGCUGGAAGAUACAAGUCAGAAGCUGGCUGAUCACAAGGCCGACCAUGAAUCUGAGAUCAGUAAACUGAAGGACAUGAACAGCAACUCCAUAGACCCUAAGAAGUUCACCAUGUUGCAAGGCGACCUAGUUGAUCACCAACGACAACUGCGUGACCUCCAUGAUGCUCUGGAAGCAAAAGAAAACGAGAAGAACAGGACAUUUAAAGUUAAAGAGGAGGAGAUCAACAAAAUCAUGGAAAGUUUGGAGGAGGACAAAGUUAACCUCAGACGCAAACUCCGUCUUACUCAGGAGAUGUUAGACGAACAGCUGGAGAAAAUAAAAUCUCAC